UUCGGGGCGGAAGAAACAUCUCUGGCUGAGACGGAACGGAAGAUGGCGGCGGAGACGCUGCUGUCCAGUCUGUUGGGGUUGCUAUUUCUGGGGCUCCUAGCACCUGCGCGUCUGACGGAUGGUGUCGGGAGCCUGAAUCUGGAGGAGCUGAGUGAGAUGCGUUAUGGGAUCCAGAUCCUGCCGUUGCCUGUCAUGGGAGGGCAGAGCCAAGCUUCAGACGUGGUGAUUGUGUCUUCCAAGUACAAGCAGCGCUAUGAAUGCCGCCUACCAGCUGGAGCUAUUCACUUCCAGCGGGAAAGGGAGGAGGAGGCACCUGCCUACCAAGGGCCUGGGAUCCCUGAAUUGUUGAGCCCCAUGAGAGAUGCUCCUUGUCUGCUGAAGACCAAGGACUGGUGGACAUAUGAAUUCUGUUAUGGACGCCAUAUCCAGCAGUACCAUAUGGAAGACUCGGAGAUCAAAGGUGAUGUCCUGUAUCUUGGCUACUACCAUUCAGCCUUCAACUGGGACGAUGAAACGGCCAAGGCCUCCAAGCAGCAUCGGCUGAAGCGCUACCACAGUCAGACCUAUGGCAAUGGGUCCAAAUGCGAUCUCAACGGGAGGCCCCGAGAGGCCGAAGUUCGGUUCCUAUGCGAUGAGGGCGCGGGCAUACCUGGGGACUACAUCGAUCGCGUAGACGAACCCUUGUCCUGCUCCUACGUCCUGACCAUCCGGACCUCUCGGCUGUGCCCCCACCCUCUCCUCCGGCCCCCAGCCAGCGCUGCCCCACAGGCCAUUCUCUGUCACCCAUCCCUGCAGCCUGAUGAGUACAUGGCCUACCUCCAGAGACAAGCUGAGUCAAAGCAGCGUGAAGAGAAAAUCACGGAGGAAGUCCAGGACCCAGGUCGAGAAGUGUGGAGUGAGGUCAAGUCUGUGGGAGCACCCCCACAGGAAAAAGAGGUCAGCCCAGCCAAAGAAGAUAAGGAAUCAGGGUUCUGGAAGAUGCUUCAUGAGCCGGAGAAACAGGCUGCAGGAGGAGAGGAGGCACAGGCAGGGGAACAGGACCUGAACCCUGAGGCUGCAGCCGAUCCAGCUCCCAGCCCUCCUGAUGCUUUUCAGAGCAACGUGCAGGCCAAAAUCAUUCGGAGUCCUGCAGAUUUGAUUCGACUGAUAGAGGAGCUGAAAGGUGGAGCAAAAAAGGGGAAGCCAGGAGCAAGCCAGGAACAGCCUGGAGAUGAUGCCACGGAGGCCCCUCAGGGGGAAGCAGAGGUGAAGGAAAAGGGUGAUGGACCUCAGGGUCUUGUGGAAGAAGAGGACAGUGAUGAUGAGGAGGAUGAAGAUGAGGAUGAGCGGCAGUUACUGGGAGAGUUCGAGAAGGAGCUGGAGGGGAUGCUGCUUCCCUCGGACCGAGAGCAGCUCCGCUCAGAGGUUAAGGCUGGCAUGGAGCGAGAGCUGGAAAACAUCAUCCAGGAGACAGAGAAGGAACUGGACCCAGAAGGCUUGAGGAAGGAGUCAGAACGGGAACAGGCAAUACUGGCUCUGACGUCCACUCUCGACAAACUCAUCAAGAGGCUGCAGGAAAACCAGAGUCCAGAGCUUGUGCAGAAAUACAAGAAAAGAAGAGUUGUCCCCCAAAAACCUCCCCCAUCGCCACAUCCUACAGAGGAGGAGCCUGAGCACAGAGUCCGGGUCCGAGUCACCAAGCUCCGUCAUGGAGGCCCCAAUCAGGAUCUGACUGUCCUGGAGAUGAACCGGGAAAACCCACAGCUGAGACAGAUCGAGGGGCUGGUGAAAGACGUGCUGGAGAGGGAGGGGCUCGCGGCGGAAGGAAAGAUUGAGAUCAAAAUUGUGCGACCUGGGGCAGAAGGUAAUGAGGACACACGAUGGCUGACCGAUGAGGACACAAAAAACCUUAAGGAGAUUUUCUUCAACAUCUUGGUGCAGGGAGCAGAAGAGGCCAAUAAAGAGCGUCAGCGACAGAGAGAGCUGGAGAAUAAUUAUCGCCGAGUGUGGGGCUCUCCAGGUGGCGAGGACACUGGCGACCUGGAUGAGUUUGACUUCUGAAGCCAGCACUGCCAGGCCCUGCGAGGGCUCCAGCAUCUUCCUGACUGGCUCUGCCUCCUUACCUCCCUUCCUGGGGCCCUGGAGGCAAAAUGGCAGAUUGGAGCUUAGCUCUGGACUUGAGGGCUCCAGUCCCGAGAGCAUGUGAAAGCAUGGGGACCCACGAGGGAGAGCUGUUGCAGCCCCAGUGAACCAUAACUUCAGCUAGGCCCACGGGCUCCACUCCACACACAUGCCUCUUUGCCCCUUUGGCUUUUCCUGUCCCUUAACUCCUUAGCUCUUCCCCCAUUCUACCCACAGACUUGAUGAGACCUUAGGGGGCCAUGGUGGGAAAAGCAGGAGGGCUGCUCCCCCACCCCACCUCACCCUACCCUACCUCAAUGCCCUGUUGCUGUCUGGGAGCUGCUGCCCCUCCCUUGGAAUCCCUUCUUCCUGUUUCUGCUGCCCCUGUUGCCUGUACUUCUGAGUGAUGGGGCCUCGGAGACCUCACACAUCACCUCACCACCAUCCCAGCACAGGGAGGGUACAGAGCCUCCCACCCAUGUUCUUCAGCAAUCAGGUUUCUAAAUAAAAAACUGGACCAUCA